AAAUGUUUGGUAUGGUAUCAGCUGAAUAUAGGAAUCAUUGUAUUUUUGUUACCUUAGAAUGAGCCUUAUUUUCCUCUUCAUGGUGGACACAUUGAACACAUUGAACCGCCAUGGUUCUACAGUAGCACAGAACAGACAAACCAAACACUGGCUGUAGAUUGGGCCUUUUGCUUUUUAGUAUAAUUUCUUCUACACACUUGGAGGGCUGAGCUGUCUUUAUAUGGUUGUAAUCUGCAACUUAACCACUAGAUGCCAGUAAAUCCUACACACUGGUCCUUUAAAGUAUAAAGUGUAUAAGUACUGGUCACUGUGACAUAUGCAUUGUUAUAUAUGACAUAAUGAGAUUGUUAACCCUGACACAUUUUCAGUUCAGUCCUUUUUUCUCCACAGACGGUGGUUCUCGGUGACUGUAUUUUCAAGUAAAAAGCCAAAUCUCUGAUUUUCCUUAGGUGGCUUUGAAAGUAGCAUGCAACCAGGAGCCAAUCACAACGCGAGACGUCCUUGACGUAAAGUGUGCCGUUCACAAUGAGGAACUGCUGCAGUCAGUGGGGUUAUUUGUGAAGUUUGUUGUCGUUUAAGGCUGUUGUUGACAGACAGCAGCGUGAAAAUGUCAAAGCCCACCCUUUGUGUCCUUUAUGGGAGCCAGACCGGUACGGCCCAGGACACGGCCCAGAGGAUUGCACGGCAGGCACAGAGGAGGAAGCUGCAGGUUCAAGUGCUGCCUCUGGACUCUUACAAUGUGGCCAACUUGAUCUCAGAGUCUCUGGUUGUUUUUGUGUGCGCCACCACUGGCCAAGGAGACCCUCCGGACAAUAUGAAGAACUUCUGGAGGUUUGUCUUUAGGAAGUCUUUGCCUGUUGGCUCUCUGAGUCGGCUGGACUGUGCCAUCCUGGGCCUGGGGGACUCCUCCUAUCCAAAGUUCAAUUUUGUGGCCAAGAAGCUCCAUAAGCGCCUUCUGCAGCUGGGUGCCAGUGUGCUGCUGCCUGUCGGGCUGGCAGACGACCAACAUGACCUGGGGUCAGACGCUGUGAUCGACCCGUGGCUCACAUCAUUCUGGGAGAAAGUGUUUGCUCUGUACCCAUCUUUGGCCGAUGUGAUUCCACUGAGGGAUGACGAACCGCUCCCUCCGACAUACACUUUCCACUUCCUGGAUGAUGUGAAGGAGACGACAGACGACAGGCUGAGGAUUCCCACGGAGCAAACCGUCCCCUCCCAGUCCCGUCCCUUUCCCUGCAGACUGGUGUCCAACAGGAGAGUAACAGACGUGUCACACUUUCAGGACGUGAGGCACAUUGAGUUUGAUAUCACUGGAUCCAGCAUUGAGUUUGCUGCCGGUGACGUGGUGAUGAUGCGUCCCUGUAACGCGUCAGAGGACGUAGAGCAGUUCUGUCAACUGCUGAGACUAGAUCCAGAUGCCAGAUUCACUCUCAGGCCCACAGACCACAAUGCAGUUCCAGCCAGGCUUCCUCAGCCCUGCACUGUGCGCCACCUAAUGGAGAGCUACCUGGACAUCUCGGCCGUGCCUCGCCGCUCCUUCUUCGAGCUGCUGUCUACCUUCGCCACCAAUGAGCUGGAGCGCGACAAGCUGGUGGAGUUCAGCUCGGCGGCGGGCCAAGACGAGCUGCUCAGCUACUGCAACCGGCCCAGACGCACCACGCUGGAGGUCUUGGCAGAUUUCCCCCAUACUACAGCUGAACUCAAAGCAGACUAUCUCCUAGAUCUGUUCCCUGAGAUCCAGCCUCGCUCUUUCUCCAUCGCCUCCUCUCUCCAGGCUCACCCACGCAGACUUCAGAUCCUGGUGGCCGUGGUUCAUUACAAAACCAAGAUGUAUAAACCUCGAAAAGGCCUCUGCUCCAGCUGGUUGGCCUCCCUGGACCCUGCACAAGGAGAGGUGCAUGUGCCCCUGUGGGUGAAGAAGGGAACCCUGAAGUUCCCUAAAGAGAAGGACACCCCUGUGAUAAUGGUUGGACCCGGAACAGGAGUGGCGCCCUUCAGGUCGGCUUUACAGGAGAGGAUUGCAGAGGGAAAAUACGCCAACAUCCUGUUCUUCGGCUGUCGCUCCGAGUCUAAAGACUUCUACUUCAGGUCGGAGUGGGACGAGAUGAUGAAGGCCGGACACCUGACCCUCUUCACUGCCUUCUCACGAGACCAGGAGGACAAGGUGUACGUGCAGCACCGUGUGAGGGAGAACGCUGGGCUCCUGUGGGACCUGAUCGCCAAUAAAAGUGCCUGCUUUUACAUCGCUGGCAAUGCUAAAGAGAUGCCAGACGCUGUGUGUGACGCUCUGAAAGAGGCAUUCCAGAAGGAGGGGGGCGUGUCCGCAGAGGACGCCGAGCAGAUGCUGGCGACCAUGGAGAGGUCGGGCCAGCUCCAGAGUGAGACCUGGUCCUGAUCACGUGACCUCAACCCAGGCUGGACAAGCAGGACGGUAACUUUUCCCGUCAGUCGCUUCAGCCUAUUUCGGAGGAGGCAUAUAGUUGUUCCUGAGGUGGAGCAGGACCUCCCACAACAACUCGCAACACUUUUUAAUAAUAUCUUAUAAAUUAUACAUUUCCUUUGGUAGAAUUUGAGUACAUUGUAGCUCCUUCAGUGUUCACGUUGAGCUGCUCCACUUUUGCUGCAACGCACCGUCAUUCAGUGAGGCAUUCCUGGUACAAUGCAACAUGAACCAAGUGUUUCUACUAUUUUUAAAAUAUUUGCUGCCUUAAUAACUGAGUAUGUUUAACACGUGUGUAGGGCUGUUAGUCAGCCUCAGUGCUGGGCAAUUGACUGAAAAACUGUUCAGUUACUUCUCUAAAAAUGAAUUGUAAUUAGUUACUGGGGAAAGUAACUUUUGCCUUACUUUUAAAUGUCUGCUUCUCUUAUUCAUGCUCACAGCUGUCAGAUAUGUUAUUUUAGUGUUGCUGUGGAACAAAUGUAUCUAGUUAUUAAACCCCCGACCACCAGAGGGCAGCAACGUCGCAAAGUAGCAUCUUCUCUUAGUUAGUAGACCAGAGGAUUCAGUAGAAGUAGAACCACAUGGAUGUAAGCAUUAACUUUGCAGUAGUUAGUUCAAUUACAGUAACUGAAAACCUAACUAGUUACAUUACUAGUUAUCACUGAAAGUAGUGGAAUUAAAGUAACCCAUUACUCACAGAGGCUGACCAGUGUUUGGCUCCUUAUUAAAAAAAAAAAGUAUUACUUAUUACUUAUUACUCUUUCCAAAAGUAAUAUUACUUUACUUAUGAGUCUGCUGGCGCUCUCCUGCUGCCUCUGUAUUUUGCUGAAUGUGAGCGGUUCCAUCGGUCAAACUAGCUUCCUGCUUGCUGAUUACAAAAAAAGAAUCCAAGGAUGUGAUUGGAUUGUUGGAUUUCAAAUCAGUAGGGGGUGACAAUAUAAGUAAUGCAGUUAUUUCUUGGGGGUGGGGGGAUGGGGUAACUGUAAUAUUUCUGAAAUGUAUUAGUAAUUAGUUACAUUAUUAGUUACUGGGGAAGGUAAUCUUAUUACUACUGCCCAGCACUGACACUGACAGGCAGAACCCCCCGUCUCUGCUCGGUCCUGCUGGCUGAAUGCAUUCACACUGACUGCAGAGUUCUCAGUAACACAGUGAAACAUAAUUCCCACUGCAGCACACUGUGAGAUCCACAGUGUGUUUCUAAAAGCCAGUGGGGGCAGUUGUGAUUCAGCAGCAGUGUAUGUGAAAGCUUUAGAGGCAGCAUGUAUGGAAGGCAGUGUUGGGACUGUUAGGACAAUAAUGAAGUGCAUUAGCUGACAGCACUGGAGUGUGUGAAUCCUGCUGUCAACCUGGUUCGAUGAUAUACACACAGUAUAAUGGACCAGUAGAUAUAAUUGUGAUUGAUUGUAUAAAAUAUGCCGUAAUAAACCAUCUCAGCCUGA